AUGGUAUCCCUAUAUCCAUACAUCAAUAAGACCGGGCAGUAUCCGGUGGGACAUCCGGAAAUGAUUAUUUCGGAUUUUGACGACGUUAAGAAUUAUUUUGGAAUGGUGUUUUGCCAAGUUAUACCACCGGAAAAGCUACACUUUCCAGUCUUGCCGUUCACGAUCAACGGUAAGCUGAUUUUCACUCUCUGCAUGGCAUGCGCGGUGUCCAAGAACAAUGACUACUGCAACCAUACGGACCAGGAGCGCUGCCUUGAAGGGGUAUGGUGCACUCCCGAGCUACACCAUGCACUUGACCGUGGAUAUAAAGUGCAUAAAAUCUACGAAGUGUGGCAUUGGAACCACAAGCGCUUCGGACUGUUUUCUGAAUAUGUGGAAAAAUUUUUGAAAGAAAAGGUGGAUGCUUCCGAUUGGCCAUCGUAUGCGACUACGCCUGAAACCAGAAAGCAAUACCUUCGAGAAGUUUUGGAACGGGAGACAGUUUCCCUGAUUCCGGAUCGCACAGAGGACAAUCCCGCAAGACGCGCCAUUGCCAAAAUAAUGCUUAACUCUUUUUGGGGAAAAUUUGGACAGAGAGAUAAUCUGGAACAGACCAUCUUCCUCUAUGAAACAAAGAAAUACUUUGACUUAUGUCGGUCCGAAGCCGUCGAAAUACACAGUGUCCAUGCUGUGAGUCCUGAGUGCCUGAUGCUGACUUUAUCGCGGAGGGAGGACUACAACGAAGGGAACGACUGCGUUAACAUCGCUAUUGCCGCGUUUACGACCAGCCUGGCCCGCCUAAAACUUCUAGAUAUGCUGGAGCGCUUGAACGAUCGUGACUUGUACUAUGAUACCGACUCCGUACUGUUUGUUCACCGGUCUGGAGACUGGCUACCCCAAACGGGCACCUUUUUGGGAGACUGGAGCAACGAGUUAUUGGCCAACGAGUCCCAUAUCACGAGCUUUGUAUCAUGCGGCCCCGAAGUCUACAGUUAUGUGACAGAUACAGGACGCUUUGAACUCAAAGUUAAGGGAUUAACGCAGAAUGGCUAUACGGAAGAUCUGUUGGACGAAAAUCUUCAGCGCACCGGUCAGAAGUUAGAUUUCGAAAAGCUGAAAAAAUCCUUGAACGGUGGGAUAGUUUCCGUCACAUACCCGGAAUUCUAUAAACGUGACUUCAAGACACUACAAAUAUCCACGGUUAAAAUGGUGAAAAGCUUGCAGAAGGUGUAUGAUAAACGCGUGCUUUGGCCCGAUUUAACAACUGUCCCAUUUGGAACGAAGCGCACGGUUAUUUGA